AAGAAAAGUUCUUCUUUAAUGUUUUGUAGCUUGUAUAUGUGAGUUUCUACAAAGAGAAAUCAUGAACUUCAGACUCUCAUCACUGAUCCUGCUGUUACACAUUCAAGGGUCCCUAACAUUGGAUAACUUUAAUGUAACCUGUGAUAAACUGAAUAUUUGUGGUGCGAGGGGAGAACUGGUGACAGUGAGGUGCGAUUACUCAAACAUCAACUUCAAAACUGGGUUCUGGUUCAGUCAGAAACAGAGAACAAACUGGAGAAACAAAGAUGAACCUGAAGAUUUGACUUUAGAUUCAGAUUACUCAGGACGAGUGGAUCAGAUGAUCACUUACCGCUACUCACGACUAACAAUAAGAGAUCCAAGAGAGAGAGACAGUGGAGAAUAUCAGCUCAUGAUCAUUAUGAAGGAUGGAGUUAAACAUCUCAGCUCAGUCACAGUCAAUCUAACAGUUUCAGUUUUACAGGUGAAGAUGAAUCCUGAAUCUACAGGACAGCGAGUAAAACUGAGCUGUGAUUCCUCCUGCCCAAAAACAUCUGAAUAUGGUUACUUCUGGUACAAGAAUGGACAACGUUUAACAUUUGACCAAAACAUAUUUGUGUCAUCCAGUGAAAACACUGACAGUUAUUCCUGCCUUAAGAUUGAUUCAGAGUCCUCUUCAUCUGUGUGUCUUUCUAACAGUAGCUGUUGGGGUGUAACUUACACCUCUUCAGAAGUUUGUGCUUUAGUGGGAUCAACAGUAGAUAUUCACUCUUCAUACUCACAUCCCACUGGAUAUACAGUAAAUAAAACAUACUGGGAUUACAGUCGUUAUGAGGAAUUCAGAGAUCUGCGUGAGGUUCAUCAGUUUGCUGGUCAUGUGGAGUUUGUGGGAAACACACUGAGAAUCAAAGACGUCAACACGAGUGACACUGGAUAUUAUAAGUUCAGGAUCAUCACUAACACAUCAGAUAAAGUUUCUAGUUAUCCUGGAGUCUAUCUUACUGUUACAGGUACACGAGUGAAAAGCAGCCCAGACCCUGUGAUAGAUGGAGAAAAAGUGAUAUUAAGCUGUUCAACUAAAUGCACUCUGGAUAGCAAACAUACUUACAUCUGGUAUAAGAAUGGACAACAGGUAACAGAUGGAUUGACAUUAUUAAACAAGCUGUACCUGGACUCAAUCAACAGUGAGGAGCUACAAGAGUAUUCCUGUACUGUAAGAGAUCCAAUGGACAAAACAAAUGAAGCAGUGGACAGCUCAGUGUUUCUCUCUCUGUUGGUGUUUCUGCCUCAGUUUCUCAUCAUUGAAGCUCUGUGGAUGUGGUAA